CUUAUCAAUAAGCAUUAUCUUAUGAGUUAGUUGUAAUAAUUGUUUCCAGCGUGUUCGUCGAAUUUAAUUUUAAGUAUGGAAGUGUUAAAAGAAAUAGCUAAUUUUCUAAACGAAAAUACUCGUUUAGAUCUAAAAGCUGUUGCGUUGCAAAAUGUAUUAAAUAUCACAGGCAGCAAGGAGGGUCGUGAGCUCUUAUUUGGUUCUUUAGAUAUAUUAAAACAACUUGUCAUACUUAUGCAAGAUAAUACAAUGGCAAUAGCAAAGGAUGCAGCUUUAUCGGCUAUAAAUAUAAGUGCGGAUGAAGCAGGAGCUAAUGCUUUCUUAACAAUUUCUGAAUCUAUGCGACAGGACGAGGAACAAAAAUAUAAUCUUAACUUAGUAAAAGUUUGUAUCAGCUGUAUAAUGGAUAAAAAUAGCAUAUUAGCAGAUCCAUGUUGUAUGAUACUUUCCAAUAUGACAAGGCCUAGAUAUUUGGUAGACAGAGUCAUAACACUUAUUGAAGAAAGUGAUUAUGCAUGGGACUCCAUCGUAGCAGCAUUUACUGCAAAGAAAUAUAAUGUUACAGGAGCCAAUUUGCAUUACUUAGGGCCUGUAUUUAGUAAUCUUACUCAAUCUCCCUCUGUAAGGAAAUAUAUAAUGGAUAGGAAACGAAAUGUUAUCCAGCGUCUCCUCCCUUUCACAGAAUAUUCAGAUAGUAUAGUAAGGAGAGGCGGUAUUAUUGGAACUUUAAAAAAUUGUUGCUUCGAUGUGGAAAAUCAUGAAUGGUUGUUAAGCGAGGAUAUAGAUAUUUUGUCAUAUUUAUUAUUACCUCUUGCUGGACCAGAAGAAUUUGACGAUAAAGAUAAUGAAAAGUUACCAAUUGAUCUGCAAUACUUACCCGAAACAAAGGAACGAGAAUCAGAUCCAGAUAUUAGAAUAAUGUUACUAGAAGCUUUAGAGCAAUUGUGUGCUACAAAAAGAGGAAGAGAAAUUUUAAGAGAAAAAAACACUUAUAUUAUUUUAAGAGAAUUGCACAAAUCAGAGAAAUGCAAGGAAGCCCUUCUUGCUUGUGAAAAUGUUGUUGACAUUUUAAUUAGAACUGAAGAAGAAAUAGGUUUGGAUAAUAUAAAAGAGGUAGACGUUCCAAUGGAAUACAAGGACAAAUUUCAAAAAAUGGAUGAAGAAUUUAUCAAAAAUACUUGAUAAAUACUAGUAUUAUAAGAUGUCUGAUAUCUUGUUAAAUAUUUCUUUAUGAACAUAGCACAAGUCAUAUAUAUAUUGUAUAUAUAUAUAUAUAUAUAUAUAUAUAUGUGCGUUACAUAUAUAUAUACAUAUAUAUAUAUAUACAUAUAUGUAGAUACAUAUAUAACUUGCGCUUGAUAAUAAAAUAAUGCGGUAAUAUAUUUAAAAAAUGUAUUCACGAAGGAUAUGUAUACAUGAUCCACGAUAUUGCACUGUUCCCUUAGUUUACUAACUUAAGCCAUUCAGGUUCAAAGUAGCAAAAGCAUUAAUAAUAUCGAUCUCGUUCUUUCGAAGAUAUUAUUAUUUAAUAUCUGGAAAGAAUCAAGGACUUAUAGAUUAUAAGAGAAUAUAUUUUAAUAUGGUAUUACUUGUUUUUCAUUAAUUAAAUUUGCAACAGGUACCAUUCUUAUGGAACUUACAUGCGAUACGUUAUUUUCUUCUUUUUCUUUAUAUUAGAAAUCAAGAAAUAAACUAUCAUCGACUAAAA